AUGUCUGAGAACACUCAAUUGUCCAGCUUGGAGAUUUUCCUUGAAUCCUAUCCCACCGUCAAAUACAUACAACCCUCUUCUCCUGACUAUACAUCGGCCCGAACAAUCUUCAUUAGCUCCAACCGGGAUACCCCGCUGGCCAUAGUGCAACCACAGUCUCCCUCUGACGUCGCUGCUCUUGUGAAAUAUGCUAAAUCGCAGUCUAUACCCUUCACUCUCCGAUGUGGCGGCCACAACCUAGAAGGUCGCUCUGUGGCCCAGGGGGCCCUGCUUAUCGAUUUGCGGACGCUGACAGACGUCAGCAUAUCCCCGGACCGUAAGUCUGCCACUGUUCAAGGCGGCAUCAUAUUAGAGGAGCUCGGCACCAAGCUCUCGGCAGAGGGUCUCUGUACCCCGAUAGGAGCCACUCCGACUGUGGGAUAUGUGGGUUGGGCCUUGUACGGCGGGUAUGGGUCCUUCUCCUCGAAAUGGGGACUCGGAGUGGAUCAGAUUCUUGGUGCAACCGUUAUCAACCCCGAUGGCGAGAUAAUCACGGCCGACGAAUCUCUUCUAGAGGGUAUCCGAGGGGCAGGCGGCUUAUUCGGUGUGAUCAUCGACCUCACCAUCAAGGUUUACCCAUUCGCCAGCCUUCUGGCAGGAACCAUACUCUAUGAUUCCACCGACAUCGCCACAGUCUUCGUAGACUUCAACGCAGCCCACCAACGUCUCAUCGACUCAGAGGACAUUCCCCCCGAAUUAACACUCCAACAACUGGUAGUGAACGCCCCACACGGCCGUUUCUUCGGUGUCAAAUUCACGUGGAGUGGCGCCGAUAUCGAGGAAGGCCAGCGCUGGAGCACCAAAAUCGCCAACCUAGCCCCAGCACUCAUGAACACAGUCGCGGUCACUACAAUCCCAGAAUGGCUAGCUGCCAAUGGCGCCUUGACCCCAGAUAGUGUCUACGGCUCUGCCUUCACUCACAACAUCAAAGCCAUUACCCCGGCUGUGGCUGAGGCAAUUGGAAGAAGUUUUGCUCUCAUGCCGGCGGAUCCCGGUGCCAUGCUGUCUAUCCAUCAGCUGCGUGGGCCGUCGGCAGCGCCGCAGAGUCGUCCAUCCGUAUUUGUCACCCGUGAACCACAUUAUAUGGUUGAGUUGCUGGGAUUUGCGACGAGAGAGAGUUUGAAAGAGGAGUCUGAAAAUUGGGCCGCGAGACUCUUCGAAGACAUCAUGCGAGCGGAUCUGGGUAAUGUGUUGCCGACUUGCUAUAUUUCAUUGUGUAAUACCUGGCAAGCAGCUUCACCGGCUGAGUUACUCACGGUGUUGUAUGGAACAAAGGCGGAGCAAGUGAGAGAACUAAAGAAGAGGUUUGAUCCAGACAAUGUGUUUAGGCUUACGGUUCCGGUUUUGGAGUGA